UAUUUGUGAUGGGUAGGGUAGGCACCAAAGCAAUAAGGUAGUCAUUAAGCAGGCAUCUCAUGAGAUGUCAGAUUAAAUACCAAUUACCAGGUGGUUUCUCAAGAAAUUAGCAGGACGGAUAACGUCAUGGUGUGAGCAAUUGAGGAGUUGAAAAAAAUAAUUAUGAAAAAAUACAUUUCCUUGAAGUAUUUCUGAAUGUUGCAAGAAAUCUGAAAUAAUCUAUUUAUUCCAAAGUUUCCCUCAGAAAAUGUGCGUCGUGAACUAUUCACACAAUGACGUCACCAAACCGGAACGCAUUUUCAGGUAUUCUAGUCAUACAGCCUGGGUAGGCACCUACUGCAUACCCACACCUAGCACUGCAGCCUCAAGCAGGGCUCUGGGUCCCGUUUCAAACCAUUUUAUAUGCUGUAUACACCAUGAAUAUGUUAAUAUUCAUCUCAAGGAAUUGCAGUUUGGCAGCAACACUGCAAGCAGCUAGCAUUAGGGACUGCCUUUUGUAGCAAUGCCCUGCUGACAUAGCUGUCAGAGCGUGAGCAGUCAUGGCUGGCGGCAGCGGCGGCGCGGACGCCGCGGACGACACGCGCACGGCGCGCUCGCUGGCCGCUCUGUCGUUCGCCAUCACCGUGAUCGCCGUCGGCGUGCCUGUCUGGCUAAAGACCACCGAGAUCUACCGGGCGGCCAUCCCGUACGGCGGCAUCGCCGGUCUACAGGAGCUGGAGCUGCGGGUGGGCGACGGCGCCCGGCUGGAGGUGCUGGCGGAGAACGGGCCGGCCGCCGAGCGGCUCGCGGCCGGCCUGGCGCCGCUGCUGCCCGACUGCCGGCUGGACGGCCGCUCGUUCACGGAGGCCGAGCGGGGCCGGCUAGCCGCCGCCGCGGACCCGUGGGCGGCGGAUGACGCGCUGAACUCUGUCGGAGAGUCGGACCACCUGCGGCUGAUAGUGCUGCCCGAGCGGCUGGUGCCGUCAGCCGCCGCGCCGGUGAUGUUCGGACGCUACACUGACGUGUUAGUGACGUCGGCAGUGGGUGCUGAGCAGCUGGCCGCGCUGCUCCGCCAGACGGUGGUCGGCGAUGUGUCUGACGCGGUGGCCACGCGCCGAGUCCGCUCGGCACCCGCCUACGACCUGCUGGUGUCGGUGGCGGCGCCACGGCCGCUCUCUCCAAAACCUCUCUGGGACGGCAGCGGUGCAGCCGGCCGUCUGCUGGAGCCGGUCAUCGAGCGGCUGCGACCCCUGGCCAACAUAUCCGUCAAGUCUCAGCACCUCUACCACGCCGACCUGGGCGUGCGGCCCGGGUGGGACGACACGGCCGGCGAGUAUUUCCUCUCGGAGGAGCAGCUCUCGCUGGUGGUCACCCCGCUGGAGGCCCGGCUGGGCGCCUCCGUCUCCGGCCGGCCCACGCUGCAGUUCGUGGUAUACGUGCCCUCGCCGGCGGAGCGGCCGCUGCACCUGCGGCCGGCCGGCGCCGCCGACGCGUUCCUCUCGCCGCGCUGGGGUGGGGUGCAGGUGUACAACCCGCCGGCUGGCCAGGAGACGGUGGACGCGCGUCGCGUGGUGACGGUGCUGGUAACGCAGCUGCGCCUGCUGCUGGGUGUGCCGGAGCCGCCGCUUGAGGCUGUCGUCCGACCGGCCGGCCCCAGCGGACUCCGUGGCUGGGAGCUGAUGGCGCUCCGCAGGCUGCGCGCCGUAGAGAACGUGGAGAGCGCGCGCCGCAACCUGGCCUCGCUGGCCGCCAUGCUGGAGCAGAUCUCCAACAUCGUCAUCGACGACUCGGUGGGGGCUGCUGUCCAGGACGGCGUGGCGGCGGCCGAGGAGGCGGCGCGCUACCUCGCCGAGGGACGGGAGGCGGACGCGUACGCCAGCUCGUGUCGAGCACUGGCCAACUCAGAGCGGGCCAUCUACGACCCGAGCAUGCUGGCGCUGCUUUAUUUCCCGGACGACCAGAAAUACGCUAUCUACAUUCCGCUGUUUCUGCCGGUCAGCAUCCCCGUGCUGAUGUCGCUGCGCAGCAUCUGGGGCUGGGCUAGAGGCGCCCCGGAGAAGGUGAAAGCCGAGUGAUGCCGCCCAGCCCCUCCGUCAUUGACACAGGUCGUGUGGCGUGACAGAGUGGUUGGUCGCAAGGAGACUCAACGGACUCCCACUGGAGACGAGAAGGACAUUGGUGCGCUCAUCGUCAUGUGUGCUUUGUAUGAUGGUGUGAUACCUUUUGGCUGGUUCUGUAGUGGUCAAACAGGCUGAUGAUAUCCUUUGAAUGUGAUUUGUUUCGCUCAAUCAGCUUAUGUGUUUCGGCUUCUGAUGACCGGAUUUUGAAUGUGAGCUUGUGUUAUGUCCAUUCACUGCAGGUUGUGCACCGGUUUCUGAAAACCACCCAGUCAGAUAUGAAUAUCCUUGUCCACGCUGCGCUUAGACAUUGUCGUCCCGUGUUACAUGAGACUGUCGUGAUUACUACGAAUACUGUGUUGUACAUUUUAUCGGAUCACUGGCACUUGGUCGGACAACUAUGUGAUACGUAAAUGCUUCGAUGAAAUGAAAUGCACUGAAAUUGCAACGGAUUUUUUCUGUGCUGUACUUACAUCGGCUUUCUCUGUGCGUGACGUCACUGCUGUGUGUUUUAGCCUGUGUGGGAUCCAUCAAAGCAGACCUCGUCAUUUUGGUUCAGUUAAAAUCGGCAUUGGACUGUCACU